GAAAGAAGAUAAGGCCAUUGUGAACUUUGGCUGAAGCAUUUGCAGAGCCGUAACAAUGGCUCUGCCUCAUUCCACGAUUGUUUCACAUGGCACUCUUGCUUUGAGUAGAUCUUCAAAGCUUCUUCUGAGCUCAACUUUCGCUUCUUUGCCACUUCAUUUCAAUAAAAAUGUCAAGAGACUAGAAUCUGUCUCUGUUCCACCAUCAGCUUCAUCGGCGGCGUCGUUCCCUUACUUUCCACUCGACGUUGAGUAUCUCCGGCGAGAGUUUUCUGGCCAUGGAGCCACUUUCGAGGAUAUCGGUGAGACAUGUAUUGCCAAAUUGAAAUUGGAUAAUGGAAGUUCGGCCAAUGUGAUGCUGAAAUGUGGCAUGGUGACAUCGUACAAAGUCAAAGUGUGGCACGGAGGUAAAGUGGAGCUUCUCCACACAUGGGUGGAACAAGAAGAAGAAGAAGAAGAAGAAGAAGAAGAAGUUGUGAUAAGAGGAGGUGUUUCAUCUGCAUUUAGGUCAUCAGAUUCUGAUGGCAUCAAUGAAUGGAGACUCCAUGGGAUCACCGGAGAUUCAAAGGAUAGUGUUCAAGUGGAAUUGAGAAGAAGUGACAAGGAGGUUGAAAUGAAACAGAUUGUAACUCUGAGAGGAGAUACACUGAGCGUUGAGCUUUGCGUGACGAACAAUGGGAUUUCACCAAUCAGACUUGAAGGUUGUUCACUUGUGAGUUAUUUGACAGUGAGUACACCAGAAGCUACAUAUGCAGUUGGUUUGGAAGGUUCAGAUUUUGUGGAAACAAAGCCGUUUCUUCCUCGUUUCGGUGUGGUUCAAGACGAGGAAGAAGAAGAUGAAGAUGAAUCAGGGUUUUGUGGGGAAGAAGAGAGCAAUUACAAACAGUUGAAUGAAGAGAUGAGCAGGAUUUACACGUGUGCUCCAAGGAGCUUCACUGUUAUCGACAGGGGGAGAAGGAACUCAGUGGUAGUGGGAAGAGAAGGGUUUGAAGAAGUGUAUAUGUACAGCCCUGGUUCGAAGCUUGAGAGUUACACAAAGUCUGCUUAUGUCUGUAUCGGACCGUCUUCAUUGCUAAAACCACUCUCUUUGGAACCUGGUUCUGUCUGGAGAGGUGUCUUGCAUCUUCACAAUCCUAAUUCUUAAAGGGUUUUGUUCAUGAACUGAUUUGUAAGUUAAUUUACACUGUAAGAUUAAGAGAACCAUGGCACAACCAACUUCACAUGACUUGGCAUCUUCAUGGGCUUGGCAAACGAUAAAGCCAGCCCCGUGCCAAAAACAAAACUUAAACCUGC